CCGUCUCUAUUUACUCAAGUUCUGAUGGAGCGCAUUAGCUCUGCUCUAGGCCCCAUCAAGGCGAUACUCUGGGGUGAAAGAGCCUGUCAGCAUGUCGGUGCUCCAGUUGUAUGUGAUGACUAUAUGCUUGUCAUCCCAGAUGCGGACCUCGAACUUGCUGCCACACAACUGCGAGCCGCAGGCUUCCAGCCUUGCGCCUGGUCAUUCGGUUCCCGCAAACCAGACUUUUAUCAAACCGUCCAAGCCCAGCAACUCUAUCGCUCUAUCACUAGAGGCUAUCGCAAUCUAGACCGAGUGUCGAUUCGCUUCCUCUUUCCCCCAGAAGAUCAAGACGAGAUCACCAAGGUUGUCCUACUACCAUCUUCAUAUGCACACAUUUCAGCCUCAAACGACACACCCCAACUCGAGGGCGGCAUCCUUUACCCCGACGUCACCCAACUACUUACAAGCUUCGUGCGCACUAUUGUGCGAGAACCAUUCAGAGGCAUGUGGACGUCAAAUCUUUCCGCAUGGGCUAUUUCCUACGUGUAUGGGUAUUCUGGGCUGGGGGAUGAUGCCUUGGACUCUUGUGAUGACGAGGAGGCAAAAUCAUGGUUUAACAAAGAAAUUCGAAGGUUUAGUGGUGGUAUGGACCGUACUACAAUCACCAAGAGGCUAGGCAAAGGAGACAAUGGUGUAGCUGGAAAGGUGGAGGUUGAGAGCAAGUGA